AUGAAAAAUAUGCCGGGCUUAAAGAUUCAAUCCGGAAUCGACAAGAAGCUAUGCUCGGGGCCAAUCAAACUCGGCAAGCUUGGGCUUGAGGGAGAUGAACACGACCUGACCUUCCAUGGGGGCCCCGACAAGGCUGUCCUUGGCUACUGCUCUUCACACUACCCCGGCUGGCGGCAUUCGUACCCGGAGCGCGCCGAAAAGUUCGUUCCAGGGGGCUUCGGCGAGAACUUUGUCACCGCGCACAUGAAUGAGCGCAACGUAUGCAUCGGCGAUGUCAUAUCCGUAGGCAGUCAGGUUCUCCUCCAGGUGUCGCUGCCUCGCCAGCCCUGCUUCAAGCUGAAUCACCGCUUUUCCCUCAAAAACUUUGCCCCUAUCACCCAUCAGACCAGCCGCACCGGUUGGUACUAUCGAGUGCUGCGCCCCGGCGAGGUCAGCCCCGGGGAUGAGAUUCGAUUGACCGAGAGGAAGUGGCCCGAGUGGACUGUUGAACGCGUUCAAGAAUACCUACAUCGAGACAAGGAGAAUCUGGACAUGAACAGAAAACUGGCAGAGCUGGAUGCCCUUGGAGAGGAGAGUCUCAAGCAGGACGUUUGGAAGGACUGGAGAAUCAUCAGCCGAAGAAUGCAAACUUCCAGAGUUGUUUCGAUAGUGUUGGAGCACACCACACCCGAAGAAGACGCACAGAAAAAGCUCCCCGGCGCCCAUGCGAGGAUCAAGCUGCCCAACGGUCUCAUCAGGUCAUACUCUGUCGUUGCCGGCGGAGAUAGCAUUUUCAAUCUGUCCAACAAGAUGGAGCUCGGCGUAGCACUCGAAGACAACAGCCGGGGGGGCUCAAGAUACCUUCACGAGUCUGCCAAGGUUGGCGACAUCCUCCAGGUGGGGAGGAUCACUACAGACGUGGACGCUGCGAGCUCUGCGAGCCACCAUUGCUUCAUCGCUGGCGGUAUUGGCUUGACGGCUUUUCUGGCUAUGAUUAAGGGCAUGCAUUCCAUAAACUUCAGCUAUAUCUUGCACUAUGCCGUACGGUCUGCCGAAGAUAUCCCCUUCCGAGACCGACUCGAGUCCUUCAAAGAAAACAUCGUCUUCUACGACAAGUCCGAAGGCCAGAGGAUGAACAUCGAGCAGAUCGUCCAGACCCUCACUUGGAACAGCCAGCUCUACGUCUGUGGCCCCAAUCGGAUGAUGGAAGCGGCCAGGAGUGCUGUUGAGGCUUGCGGGAUACCGCCAACCGAAGUUCACUACGAGGCUUUUGCCGCCGACAUCUCGGGCGAUCCCUUCGAAGCCAUUGUGGCCAACAGAGCGGAGCAGACGGUUACGGUCGGAGAAGAAGAAAGUUUGCUAGAGGCGCUGAGGCGCAAGAACUUGGAUGUUCCCUCAAGCUGCGAGGUUGGAAACUGCGGCACGUGCAAGGUCACUCUCAAAGAAGGACGUGUCCAACAUCGGGGCACAGCUUUGACACCGGAAGAGAAGUAUACUUCCAUGCUAGCCUGUGUGAGUCGGGGAAUCGGCCGCGUCACUAUUGAAGUUUGA